CUUUUCAACUUCUUUCUUCUCUUUUUCCCUACAAACAAACAGACCCCAAAGAAAAUAUUCACAAAAAAAAAAAAAAUAGCGAGAGUGACGGAAGCGCAUUGUUCCCGCCAGUACGCUUAGGUCUACUUCCCUGCAUUCGGCACAGUCUCUUCUUCUCUAGUUCUUCGUCACCACUGUUUCUCCUCUUCCACUAAACCCUAAUCAAUCACUUUGUAUUCUGUUUCUUCCUUUUCUUUUUUUCAUUUUUAUUUUAAUUUCCCCAAUUUUGAAAUUCAUAACAACAAUACUCGCAGGGUAGGAUGGCAACCAAUGUUGAAGAUUUCUCACAAUUCGGAAUUUCAAAAGAGGAAAAGGAUAAGCUUGUAGGAGAAGUAAUCCGUUACUUGCUUUUCAAAACUCAUCAAAACUCAGGCUGUCCAAUUAAGAGAGAUGAACUUACUCAGCUUAUUACCAAGAAUUAUCAUCAGAGGAAUCUUCCUACUUUUGUCAUCAAUGAGGCUAUGGACAAACUUUCCGCCGUCUUUGGUUAUGAAAUGAGAUUGCUUUCAAGGUCUGUCCCGUCAUCUAAAGCGCAGACACGCGCUUCACAAAGUGGUGUGGAUGCAAAGUCAUAUAUACUCAUUAGCCAACUUCCUUCUGAUUUAUAUGAAAAAUAUGUUGUGGAUCCGAAUACAGCGUACAUGUCUGGUUUCACGUUUGUCAUAAUUAGUAUUGUACAUCUUGCUGGCGGCAAAAUUCCCGAAGAAAGUCUAUGGAGCCAGUUGAAUAGGAUGAGUUUGAGUGACAGUGAAGCAAAUCAUCCUGUCCUUGGAAACAUUAAGCAAGCCUUGGAACUUCUUGUUCAGCAAAGGUAUUUACAAAAGGACAAAGUUCAUGGUCCUGAAGGCAAUACCGUAUAUUAUGAGCUCGCUGAGAGAGCUUCAGAUGGACCCAUCUACGACAAGGUCAAGGAAUAUAUAUCUCAGAUUAUGAGGGAAACUUCCUAAUCAGUUGCCAGCUCUUCAGCAUCUCAAUUGUGAUAUAAUUAUGCGUACAGAGGGAAAUGGCGAGAUACUAACUUGGUUCCAAUUUACUCCUGAUCUAUUUAAGGCUAAGCUCUGCAAGAAUAUCAAUCUACAUUAUGUGUUCUUAGCCAAAACAUAAUUUUAUUUUGCAUUGUAGAGGGUAUUUAGUCCAAAUUUCACACUAAUUGUAGUUACGAGUUUUUGAGUUUA